GGGGCCCUUUACAGUAGGAUCCCAAUAUGGCAGCAGCAGCGGCGGCGGGCGCAGGGCCCGCCGCGGUCGGGGCUGUCCGCACCUAGGGCCGCCGCCCGCUCCGGCUCUCCCCCAUUCCUUCCGCCUCCCCUCCCGGGCGGACGGACCCUCUUCCCCUCCCAAGGGUACUUCGGAGUCAGCUGCGCCCCGUCGCGUCCGACAUGAGGGAGAAGGGCCGCAGGAAGAAGGGCAGGACCUGGGCAGAGGCCGCCCGGACGGUCCUGGAGAAAUAUCCGAAUACACCUAUGAGCCAUAAAGAGAUCCUUCAAGUUAUCCAGAAAGAAGGACUUAAAGAAAUCAGUGGGACUUCUCCUCUUGCAUGCCUGAAUGCUAUGUUACAUACAAACUCCCGAGGGGAAGAGGGCAUUUUCUAUAAGGUCCCGGGGCGCAUGGGAGUGUACACUCUGAAGAAGGACGUUCCAGAUGGGUUGAAGGAGCUCUCUGAUGGCUCAGAGGAGAGCAGCGAUGCCCAGUCCGACUCUCAGAGCUCUGAGAACAGCAGCAGCAGCAGCAGCAGCGAUGGGUGCAGUAACAAAGAUGGGAAGAAAAGCAGAUGGAAAAGGAAAGUGUCAUCUAGACUGUCACAGACAUCCUCCCCUCAGUCAGGCUGCCCGUCACCUUCCAUCCAGACAGGCAAAGUCAUCUCCUCAUCGCAGAAACACAGCAAGAAGGCACUCAAACAGGCCUUGAAACAGCAGCAGCAAAAGCAACAACAGCAGCAAUGCAGAGCAGGCAUGCCUGUGUCGGCUAAUCAGCACGUCCUUCUGAAGGCUGUCAAGGCAGCCAGUGACUCCACACCUGCAAAAUCUGCUUGGGAAGGAAAGCAGUCAGAUGGACAGUCAAGCAGCCCUCAGAACUCCACCUCCAGUUCCUCUCCUUCUGUUAAGCUUGAUAACUCCUUGCCAGGGCUGGGGAAGAAACCAUUCCAGAGAUCUGACAGGCUCCAUGCAAGGCAGCUGAAGAGAACAAAGUGUGCUGAAAUUGAUGUGGAAACUCCUGACUCCAUCCUUGUGAACACAAACCUGCGGGCACUGAUCAACAAGCAUACAUUCUCCGUUCUGCCUACAGAAUGCCAGCAGCGCCUGCUGCUGCUGCUGCCGGAGGUGGACAGGCAGGUUGGGGCAGAUGGUUUGAUGAAGCUGAGUGGCUCUGCACUCAACAACGAGUUCUUCACUUCAGCUGCCCAAGGCUGGAAGGAGAGGUUGUCAGAAGGUGAGUUUACACCAGAAAUGCAGCUAAGAAUAAGGCAAGAAAUAGAAAAGGAAAAGAAGGUCGAGCUGUGGAAGGAACACUUUUUUGAGAGCUACUAUGGUCAGAGUUCUGGGUUAAGUCCUGAAGAGUCCAAGAGACUGACAGCAAAUACCAGCUCUGCCGAGACAGAGACUGAAAAUCCAACAGCUGAACAGCCAAAAUGCACGCCAGCCUCUCUGGCACCACGCAAAGAGGAGAUUACUUCUCUGUUAGAGUCUAAAGCACAAGCAGUUCAGGAAGCACCAGCGAUGAAAAAAGGAGGAGAGGAAAGAAGAGAGGACAUGCAGCCAAAACCAGCCAAACCUGCAGAGGCCUCGGUUUCCCCAGAUGGGUGUGCAGUGAAACCUAGCGACCAUUCUCUCCCUAUAAAAGAGAGAGUCCAAGGAGAAUCCAUUCAAGAGAAGCCACAAACUGCCGCUAGUCAAAAGCCCGAAGAAGAGAGAAAGCACGCUGCAUCAAAGGAAGUGCUAGUGAAAGAGACUGUCAGUACCUCAGUUUUGGCCCCGAGUAAACCAAAGAGCCCUGAAGCAGGUGAAGUAGUAGCAAACGUGAAAAGUCCAGUGAUGACUCCAGAAACACCAGAAAAGAAGUCUCCUGUAAAUGAAGAGAUGGAAGUCAGUGUUGAAGCCCAUAAGAGGAAGUCGGAGUGUCGCGAAGAAGCUGUAACCACUCCUGAAAAAAAGCCACGCGUCAUGGAGAACUGUCAGCACCACCAGGCAUUUCGGACCCAGCCACAGUCCUUUCCUGCAGCGGGGACCCCGGUGCCACGGGUACCCCCACUCAAGAUUCCUGUUUCCAGAAUCUCCCCAAUGCCAUUUCCUGCGGGCCAGGUCUCUCCCAGGGCACGUUUCCCAAUCUCACUCACCAGUCCGGGAAGAACAGGGGCCAGAACUCUGGCAGACAUCAAGGCAAAAGCCCAGCAAGCCAAGGCUCAGAGGGCAGCAGCCGCUGCUGCCGCCGCCGCCGCCGCUGCUGCCGCCUCGACGGGGGGGGCUGUCCCAGGGCCUGGACCGGGCGGUGGUGGGGGCCCACCGGGCGGUGGAGGAGAGAAGAGUAACGCAGCAACGAGCGGAACCAACAAAACUGGAAUUCGAGGAAGUGCACUGGAACUGGCAGGAACUGGAAGCGGGGGAAGUUCGAGAGGGUUUCUUCCCCAUUGUCCAGGGACCCAUACCCAAAUGGACACCCAGGCCACGGACCAGGCACCACCUCACAAUCCUUCUAGAGCACAACUACAGCAAACUUCCACACUGCAGUCCAGAACUCCAGCCAGCAAUACAGGCACCAGCUCCUCCUCAUCAGCGGUAUCGGCAUUAGAGAAAACCAACAGAAUAAAGCAGAGCCCCCCCAGUAUGACUGUAAAUCAGGUUUCAGGCUCCCCAUAUGCUGGUAGCAGUGACAAACAAGAGAAAGCACCUUCGGCUCCAGCAGGUCCAAGCCAGGCCUGUGGGGCACCAGCUGUCAGGGAUGGAACAGUCUGCGUCAUGGUGUCCACAGCAGAUCCCAGCACAAAUGUAACUAAGGUAGCACCUACAGCCUUAGGAGGGACCAGCUUAGAUGUUUCUAAAAGCAAAUCUCUUUCCCCUCUGACGUCUUCACUAACAUCCGUGAGCUCAGAAGCCCAGGCUGGAGGUGUGGUCGCAUCUGCUACAUCUGUCCCACCCUCUAGCACUUCGUCAGCAGCGCCUAGCCUUAAAACUCAUGCAAGUUCAGGCUCAAGUGGGGCCCUCCCAAAACCAAGCUCCAGUAUUCCUGCUAACAACCCUUUGGUCACCCAACUUCUUCAAGGCAAGAACGUCCCUCUGGAGCAAAUCCUGCCGAAGCCUCUCACCAAAGCGGAGAUGAAAACUGUCCCAUUAGCUUCUCAUGAAGAAAAAGGGGCAGCAGCAGCAUCCAGUGCUACAAGUGUAGCAGGGAACGGUGCUGGAGCCGAGGGCGGUGAAAGACAGUCAAGUUUACCCACACAACAGCUUGGGAAGAUCUUUUGCCAGAACAGGCCUCUGCCUCACAUUCCAAGGACCUUUCCACUCCCCUCGGGAAAGGACUCCAGUCGUGACCAGCACCAGUGCCACGAGGCACUCAGCAAAACAACCCAAGAGCAGAUCCUUCAGACUCUUAUCAAGAGGGUCCAGAGGCAGAAUUUGUUGCCAGUCCUUCAGCCUUCACAACUGAACCUCACUCACUCAGGUUUCCAGUUAGAAAACAGCUCCACCAGCCAGAGAUUUAUGCUGGGUUUCAUGGGCAGAAGGACAUCCAAGCCUGCUAUGUCUGGUCAUUAUCUGCUCAACAUUUCCACCUAUGGUCGUGGUUCAGAGAGUUUGAGGAGAGGCUUCUCCUUGAACCCUGAAAACCGCUUGUGUCUGAACAGUCCUGCUGAUGCUCCAAAAACAGAAUUUGGGGAAUGUGAGGAGAUAGCUGGCCAUGGCAGCAGCAGCGAUGAAGGAGAUGCAGAUGAUGAGAGUACUGGUGAUGAACGUGAGCGUAUCAGUGUAAAAGAGGAGCCCCAGGCUGCCCAGGCUUCUGGUCAGUGUGAAAAAGAGCAGGUAUCACAUAGCAUAAAUUCUUCGGAUUACAGCACCCUUCCUAAAAAGGGUGUAAAGACAGAAGCAGCCACGUCUCAGCAAGCAGCAGUCAACAAGGAGAACGUUCAGGCAUUUGACGGAACUACGCUAGCACGAGAUUUUAUUCAAGCCGCUCAAGAGCAAAUGGCACAUGCAAUGAGGGGGAAAAUGCACAGCAAUCCGGAGCUUUUCAGUACUUCUGUACCGUCCUCGGACUCUGCGCAGCAGCAGCCUCCACUGCUUUCUCCUUCACACCCUGCAAAGCUAUCUGGAAAUGCUGCAGCACAGCUCAUUGGGCCCAGUUACAGUGGCACAAUAAAUGUCUCCACCUCCCCAGACGUGAACCAAGGGUCUCUUAUGACUGGGCUGUCUGAAUGCAAUCAGUUGUCCAGUAGCAUGGGGAACGUCAUGUCCUUUUCUGUGACUGUAACCACCAUUCCCACCAGCCAAGCUAUGAACUCUGGCAACCACACUCAGACCAUCCCCGUUCAAGCCUUCACUGAAGACAACAGCAUGGAGGAUUCCCCUUCCAAAUGUUACUGCAGGUUGAAAGCCAUGAUCAUGUGCAAGGGCUGCGGUGCCUUCUGCCAUGAUGAUUGCAUUGGCCCCUCUAAGCUCUGUGUCUCCUGCCUCGUUGUGCGGUAACCGGGACGGGAAGUGGGGAAGAGGAUGGCUUGUUGUUGGUUUUGCUUUCGGAAGUACAUUGGGAAGAAACAGGAAAUUUACUGCCUUGCACAAGAGACACGUUACUGAAUCAGGAAUACAGAGUAGAGUUCUUCUUUCAUUAAAGAAAGAGCACCUUCUUGUACAGUGAGUCUAAAUUGAGCUCAACUACGUGAAUUGUGACAAGAGUUUGCACUUAAGGAAUUAUGUAAAUAUGUCACAUUAUUUUGUUUAAAAGUAUUUUUUCAAUCUUUUAGGAGAUAGUGUUUGACUUGUACUGCAGUUUCAUUAACCCCAGCCUGCUAUCCAGCAUGUUUGCUGAGCUCUGCUCUAGAUGGGGGAACAAACCCCCGGCAAAACCUUAGCCUGUUGUUGGUCUUCUCUUGGCAAAGAGAAGAACUGGAUAAUCAAGAAACAAAAUGUUUGUACUGACUGAUCACAGAGCACCGAAGCAGGAGCCCCUGAGUGGGCUCACUUUGUUGCUCUGAAUUUUAGUUCAAAUUUUUCAGAAUUGGAAGGCAUUACCAUUGUACCAGCCUUUCAAGUAAUUGCCUUUCACUUGUGACCAGGCUGUUUCCAGAAGGCAUACUGGGUUGUGCAAUAUUGGCUGGUGGUUUUGAUUUGCAUAUCCUCUCCCCUUCAAGGAGUCAGUUGCAGUAACCUUGUUUUAAGGAAGGUAGUGUCUUGAUUUGCUACUGGUAAAUACUGAAAAGGGCAACUGUACUAACCAUAGGAUUCAAGAAUUUAAAUCACUAAAACAACUCAGUAACCAUGAUUAUCAGUAAUCCCAAGAACCAUUUAAAGCAGAGAUCACAAAUACGUGCUGAACUGCAUUUCAUUUCUGGACUGUCAGGACUCAGCAGAAAUCUGCUUUCUUAGGCAUUUCGAGUGAGCUGGAAAGUGCCAUCCCACAGUCAUGAACCAUCAGCUGUUACGGCACAUGAUGCAAGUGAAGUGCGCUAAGUGUCACCCUCGGUCCUGCUGUUUUCUAGGAAGCUUACUGUGCUCAUUCAAACCUCCACAAUAGUCAGACGUCUCUAAUUUCUAUAGAAGAUUUUAUAUUUAGCUAAGUGUAGGGAAAGAAAAACAAGUGUCUUGUUGGGCCUCACCGUUAGCCUGCUGUGGGUGUCUCUUUGUGUUUUAAAAUACCAAAUCAGGCUUGACUCAGCUUGGAUUUUGCUCAGUUGAGGUCCGGGGUUGCGUUGGGGCUGGGAAAGAUGGGCGGGGGUGCGGGGGGAAGGGGGCUGCGCCGCACCCCUCAUACCUGAUGGUGGGACACAGCUGGUGAUGCUCAUCCUCACUUUCGGUGUUCACAAAUUCAUUCCCUCUGAUUAAUCUAAAUUAAAGCAGUUACAAUAUGGUACUCUGUUCUCAACAAGAAGAAUUGACGACAGGCUGGCUAAUGAAGCACAUGCCAAUCUGCGUUUUGAUGUAUUGCAACAUGUCCGCAUCACAUCCAGGAUCUGUAUGUUGUUUCUCUUCCAAAACAAAGAACAUCAGGUUCACUAAUCAUGUCCAGUCCCAUGUUGUUGCUGUUCGGGGCGGGUGGGGGGCCAUACUGCAUCUUGGUCAGGUAACAGAUCUAUGUAUCUUUUUGAUGGAAAAGCACUGAAUUCACUUUUAAUCCAAAGGCCUUUUUAAGAUGAAGCAAUAUUAACAAAAUAGGUGGGACAGCUGUUUUGUGAGCUGGGGUCCUCAGCCUUUUUUUCUUUCCAUUUGACUAUACUACUGCUUUCCCCUUUCCCUUCUCCCUCGCCUGGGAACCCAGCAUGCUGUUGGUAAAGAUCAGAAAUAAUUGCCUGUGAAGCAGUGUGUUUUUCCAAGGAGUGGGUGGUGAUUUAUUUGGUAAUGUUAAAGAAAAGAGAGUUGCAGACUUAAUCAUGUCGUAACAGAAACGUUUCCUUCCCUGUCCAGCAGAGCAUGGCAUCCUCCGGAGCAGGAUUAGUGGGUGUGAGUUAGCAAGAGCUGCAGUGUAUCUUGGUCUGUUUUGCUCAUCUUAAAUUUACUGGGGAGCAGUGACUCCUGAUUUCUAGGUAUCACUGCUUAGACAUCCAGUGGCAAAGAGGAUUUAAGUAUUAGAAAUAAAGUUGCCAUUUUUUUAAUCGAAAACUGAAAUCUCAAAAAACCCCAAAACCCUACACAAAAAUUACUCCCAGGUUUUUUUGUCACGCUGCACACACGGUGGUGGUGGUCAUAGCCCAAGGAAUAGCCACUGGACUGUACGUGUUCCCACCGCCACCUGCGUGCAUGCACAUGCAGACCAGCAAACAUGGGUUGGCUUCUCCCCUUGCAGCCCCAGAUGCUGUAAUGGGGAUAAUCUUGUUCCCUGGGGCGACUUGUACAUCAGCACUGAUUCGGACAGCAGCCCAUCACUGCCUGCUUCCAUCUCUUGUGCUGUAAGAGGAAUUUCUGCCAGUUUUAAAAAUCUUGGGGCGCAGUGUAGAAUGGUUUCAGGCCAGGUGCCCUGGGGAGUUGAGUACUGAGAGCGGGGUCUGUCUGUUCCUUAUUAACUCAAGCCUUGUCUAGACACGAAAGAAGUUACAGCAGUGUAAUCCUCAGAACGACACAUUCAUUCCUGUCUAAGACAGAUCCCCCAGUAUAAUCCAAUUUAAAGAUUGUGGCUAGCUACAAACUAAACUGGAAAAAGUAAUUCUUGCCUCAACUAAGAGUAAAGAGGUUUUGCUGGCAUAAUUGGAUCAAUUCUGUUCACACCUUGACUUUUAUCAGUGUAAUUGUUCUAGGCUGACAAGGCUGCUUAAGAGGGGGAAGGAGAAGAUGAGGAGGGAGCAGCAGGCUGUGAUCUGUCAGCUUGCUCUUAGCCCUCAUGGGCUUUUCAGCCUGCUGCAGCUGCUGCUUGGAAAGGCUGUUCCAUUGCUCCUCUCAGCAUUUUCCAAACCAGUCACUGACCCUGGCUGUGGUUCCAGCUUGUUCCUCUCUUUGAAUUUUACAAGCAUUCUCUGUAGUGCAUGGGUUCGGUUUUUUGUGCCACAGACACCUCUUGUGAGUCUACUCUGGAAGUGCAAGAAGCUGCUGUUUCACGCGUAGUCCUGCAGGAAAGGCGCUGGCCUGGCCGUUGCUGUCCCGGGUUGGGAUGUACAGUGACCACAAGGAUCUCCGUGGCUCCGGACAUGUAUUGGGCAGUGUAGGCAUCUUGUGUGAUGACUUGGAAGUUUACAACUGUUCAGUGCCUUAGUUAUAUUUUAACGGAUCAGCACUUUUCUUGGGCUACUUUUAUUCUAUUUAAGAAAAUAAAUUCUUUUAACUGCAUGUCUUUGAUUUUAACAUAUGCUAUGAGCUACUAGGUGCAACUUGAUGGAAGAAUCUCCACAGGUUUGCAAGAGGGCAUUAAGUAGUUAGGAAAUCAUUAGAAAUAAUGGGACUCGGUGUAAUAAUCACUGUAAGUACAGGUUGACAUAAAACCUUGAAAGUUUUGCAUGUUUUACAGUGCUGGUUAUUGAAUAAAGUAUUUUAGAAGGGGGAAAUCCUGCAGCCUGUAUAGGAGUGUUCCCUACAUGGGAUCAGCCUGCUGCUGCCUUACUGCUGAGGCUCUUCCCGGCAGACUCCAUUCUUCCCAUCAUCUGACCUUCCCUCUCUUCCUUCCAGCAAGAUAAUAAACCUGCCUUCACACUGGAUUUACAAAUAUAAGGUGUGUUGUGACAUAGUUUAAAGCAUUAGACUUUGGUUCCCCAGGUAUUAAAUUAAUAGAACUAUAGUAAAUGCUGUCAAAAAAAAUCUGAGAUAAAAUGUUUUCGAAGCCUAAUGUCAAACUAUAUUUGUGAUAGUAAAAGCAACUUGAGUAAGAAAAGAUAUUCAGAUUUAAAUUUUCCCUUUCAGGCCACAUCCAAGUCCUGCAGCAUGAGAACCAGAAAUACAGACUGAUCAAUGGAAUUUAACUUUCCAGUACAAAAAAAACCCAGGUACAAGUUGUUGCAAUGGAGGAGCAAAUGCAGUGCUGUAAAUGAGUUUGGGUUUUGAGAUAGAUUGGUAGCACAGGGAAGGAAUGUUGUGUGAAAUUUUAAUGUCCCUUCUUAAAUCAAGAGGAAAGACCAAGAUGCUUAACAGUUACGCUGGUCCGCGGAGUUGUAUCUUUUUUAUGGUAGUAAUAACUAGCUGGUGGGGCAGCAAGUUCCUGGUCAUGUCAUUAACAGCCAGGAGGUAUCCUCAGGUCGUUACUUCUGAUGGGUGUCGUUCAUGCUGCUACAGAGGCAGCAAAGACCAUCCUGGAGCUGGUUCCUACCCGGCCUGCACGCAGCGGUAGAUUGGAGUGGGACUCGGGCUUCUCUCUGCUGGGGAGGCUCAGUCUGACAGUUCGUCUGAACCCCUCGAAAGC